UUGAGCGUGAGGAGUCACAUGACUGAGCAGCUUCAUCAACACCUUUAAUUCCGCUUGUGUUGUUUACUUUAUAUUUCUGACUCUGCUGGUGUAAAUAACACUUACAGAAAUGCUCUCACGAUUAUUAAAGGAGCAUCAGGCCAAACAGAACGAGAGGAAAGAACUGCAAGAGAGACGGAGACGUGAUGCCAUAACAGCAGCAACCAGUUUAACAGAGGCGCUGGUGGAUCAUCUGAAUGUGGGAGUGGCUCAGGCGUACGUCAAUCAGCGCAAACUGGAUCACGAGGUGAAGACGCUGCAGGUUCAGGCCUCUCAGUUUGCUAAACAAACGUCACAGUGGAUCAGCAUGGUGGAAAACUUCAACCAGGCAUUAAAGGAAAUUGGUGACGUGGAGAACUGGGCUCGCAGUAUUGAGAUGGACAUGAGGACCAUCGCCACAGCGCUGGAGUACGUACAGAAGAGCCAGAUUCCUGCUGCAUCCUCCUAAAAUCAAGUCUGGAUGCAAAUGAUAUUAGAGACAGCAUUACUGAGGAGAUGGACAUGAUGGAUGUGAUGGAUCUGUAGCCAUUACAGUGUGGAUGAAGGGUAAAGGAAUGGACACUGAUGGAUACUGAUGGACACUAAUGGACUUGCAUUACCGUCUUCACCUUGUACUUUAUUGUUUAGUUUAAAAGGAUCUUAAACUGAGACGUUUGUGUCUGAACGUUGUUAAAUGGUGCAUUUACGUUACUGUUCUGUACUAUGUAGCCAAAAGUAUGUGGACACCCUUGUUAAUGUGUUAAAGUUCACUGAGUAAUUCUUGACUAAUAAUUUAUUGUUCGACCAAUAAAUGCUUAAUAAAUUGCACAUUUUUGGGGAGUGGA